GACGUGUCCCUGCCGUGCGAGAGAUUGCCGGAUGUACUAUUCGAAAUAUAUAUAUAUACUUGGUUUAAACUCUGGGUUCUUCACUGACUCCUGGACACGAAGGUCGUCCCGCUCUGCUUCCAUCCUGACAGGGGUCUUACAAAUUGAAGGACGACUUUAACAAAUAAUACGAUUGAACGGCUGGUUGACCAGGACAUUUCACUGGGAGCUAUCGAGAAGAGGAAAGCUCCCUUAUUCAAUCUCUUGCCACACAUAUCUUAAUACUCAUCAAUCAUGUUUAAACGUAAAUUGCCAAAGGAUUGGAUUGCUGUCACUUCUAAAAGUCACCCGGAUAGGGUGUAUUACUUCAAUGUGAGAACAAAUAAAUCUUCGUGGAUUCAGCCAACGAUGGAUAAGGCCGACAAGACACCUUCGGCAAAUAGGUAUAAAGUUCACAAGGAGAAGCAUCGUGGUGCAACAACACCCGAGGACAAUGCGUUCCGUCAGUGUCCAUGUGAUAGACUCGUAGAGACCCCGCAAAUGAAGGCUCUUAGAGCAAAGAUGCAGCAGAGAUUAGACGCCAAGAAUGCUUCUGCCUCGUCCUCGAAAGCCUCGCACGCAACAACAGUGGAACAUAAGAAACAGAGUUUUUCUUCAAGAAGGAGGAGUUUUUCUCCAAAGUCUAGAGAUGAUAAGUCGGUAACAUCUCGGGACCAGAAUGAUAAUAAAGUAACGUGCACGCCACAGAUGCGAGUCCUUUACACAAAGAUUGAGCAGAGAAUUUCCAGAGCGUCUUUAAGCAAAGUAACAAAGGACGAUACUAGAAACACGCAACAAGAUCGGAAUGUCACAAGUCAGAGGUUACAGAGGACAUGGGAGAAACGAGAGAGAAAUGCAGGACACCAAGAGAGUAUUAUUCGGAAUAAACGUGAUAUCUCGCAGCAUGACAAGAAUCAAAAUGUUCAGGAAUCGCACAGUCAAAAUGUUCCAGGAGAGAGACAGAGAAAAGCAGUCUUAAGGAAAAAUCUGGCGAAAGACUGUAUGCAAAGAAUAAGAAGAAAUUUGAGUAUAGAUAAGGAAAGAUUUAAGGAAAUGUGUCAUUCCGAUUUACUCACCAAGAAAACUUCACAAAAGUUCAGCGGAUGUUUACCUACUUCGUCCGAUAACGACAACUUGGAAUCGACACGUGUUCAUAAAAGUGUUGAUAAUGCACGACUUAAAAGAUUGCAUAACAGAGUGUUGAAAGAGGGAGUGUACAAAAGAAAUGCUACAUUAAGCGACAGUAAGUCGCAAAGUAAUGUACAGCAAAAAGGUAAUGCACCGGUUACUCAAAAUAUGACGAGAGACAAAUUAAUAGAACAGACUGCUCAGGAAGUUCUGUAUGAAGAAAUGGAUUGGGAGCCAAUGAAGGAUGAAGAAAUUGCGUUAGAGGUGGAAGUUGUGAGAGCCCAAAUUGAUAAAGACACUCGUGUGGAAAUCAACUAUAUGUCAGAAAAUAUCGUAGAGUUGACACAACCUAACGAGAUAGAAUCACAUGAAAAAAGUCCACUGUACAUUGUUGUCGACACAAAUGUGUUUCUAUCAAAUCUAGAAGUUAUUGAAAGGGCAAGAGACACAACCUUCAAGAAUUAUCCACGUCCUUUCAUUGUAAUCCCAUGGACUGUGAUUUGUGAGUUAGACUAUUUUAAGGAUAAUAAAUCUAAACAUGAGUUGUCAGCAAAGGCUAGACAAGCUAUAUCUUUCAUUCACGAUCAGUUCUCAUCGAAGCAUCCACGUGUCAUAGGACAAACACGAGAACAGGCAACGAAAAAUAAGGAAGAUUUUUCUCUCAAUUGUCCAGAUGAUGAGAUCCUUCAGUGCUGCCUACAGAUUCAGCAAUUAAAAAAAUCAGUGGUUUUGUUAUCUUAUGACAAAAAUCUCUGCACUAAAACAAUGAUAUAUAAUAUACUGGCAUUGGGGCGUCAUGAUCCGCUUGAAAAAAUAGAAAAUUUUGAAUCGGAGAAUAAAAUAAUCAAUCCUUUGAAUGGUGAUUCCGUUGAAAAUUCUGUCUUUCACGAAGAAUUGCGUUUAACGGAUGAUGUUUUUGAGGACAUAAAAUUGAUUAUGAAAAACUUUCUGUCAGCGAUAAUCGUGAAGCAAAUGUCACAGAUUUUUGGAGAAGCAGAGUGGAAAAUAUAUGUCAUAAUAAAACCACCUUGGACUACGGUAACGGCAUUAAAAUGUGCUAUAAAGCAUUGGAUUGCUGCUAUUAAUGAAUCGUUCGAAAGACGCGCUGAAUAUCUCCUAAAAGAAUUGCUUGAAGCUUUUGUACAUAUACCAGUUGGUGGCAGAAAAUUGCAAGAUGUUGAAUAUAUUAUAGAGAAGAGUAGCACCUUGGUACAAAUCGCUGAUGUGAAUAAAUACCGUGAUCUCACGGCCAAAACGUUUAAUGCUAUUACAGAACUCAAGGAGAAGUGUAAGAGAUAUAUCACUGACAUAAAUCUGAAAAAAUUACACAAUAAAAUAGGCAUCGCAAAUAAUGCCGAAGAACAAGAAACGAGAGCGGGAAAGGUGUUCCAAUGCUUCCAGUAUAUCUAUAAUUAUGCACGUGACAUAUGUGGUUUGGCAUGUAACAAUGCGGGAAUGGCAUAUUCCUUUGCCUUCGAAACUCCUGCCAACCCAGCAUUGUCACAAGUGUUUAUACAGCGCUUGCAAUCAGAAAUUACCAAAAAAGUAAUUGAUCUGACACAGAAUCUGAAUGAGUUACUGGCACAGGCUGAAGAUGUCAUGAAAUAUCAAACGUUGCUUAGUUUACAGCAAAAUUUAAAUACAUUUUUGCCUGACACGCCGACAAUAACUUUCGACGUUACACCUUUGGAUAUAUAUUAUUGUGUCAAAUUAAAAGAAGAAGCACUGAAAACUGGACUAAGGCAGCUACAAGAAUUAACUUCGCAUUUCUGUGCACUAGCUGCUCAUAUAUAGUUGUGUAUUGUGUAAUUUAUAUCUUUGGUGUAUAUAGAGGACAUAUAAAGAUUAACAAAAAUGAA